AUGUCUAGCCAUACAAAAGAAGAGCCGCUCGACCACGAGACGAGCAACGCCGGCGCCAAAUCGCCGGCUUCUAUCCGGAGCCUCCUCAAUUUUCGGCAGCUCAGUAUGCUCGCCAUCAUCGUGUCCCUCUCCGCCGCCGGCCUUGUCGCGGCCGCAGACCUCGCCUUCGUCGCCUUCUCCCUAAUCUACAUGUGCUUCAUAUCCAGAUUCGCGUUCCCGCUCCUCUCCCCUCACCCGGAUCCGCCGGUCUUCGGCCGGAAAAACCCCGCCCUCGGCCUGUACGUCGCCUUCGCGGCGGCGAUCGGUCUGUGCCUCCCGAUAGUGCUCGUGCUCGCCGCUGCGAUCGAGGGGGACGGGGAGCGGGUCCUCGCGGCGGCGCCGCACCUCUUCCUGCUGGCGAGCCAGGUGUUCAUGGAGGGGGUUUCGUUCGCCGGCGGAUACUCGCUGCCGCUGAGAAGCGAGGCGGCGGCGGCGGCGGGUGGUGGUGGGGAGGGCGGAGGGAGCACGUGGAACUGGAAGUUGUAUGGGGGCCGGGCUCUAGCGGCGGUGAACAUGGCGUUUUGGUGUUUCAAUCUGUUUGGGUUUCUAUUGCCGGUUUAUCUGCCCAAGGCUUUUAGGAUUUAUUAUGGUUCAAAGGGCAAAAGUAAUUGA